AUGAAGCUGCUCCUGGCCGUGGCCGCGCUCUGCGCAUGCGUGGUAGCAGUCCCCGUCCCAGAAGACAAGGCCGAUGCAGUGUUCCUGAAGAGACAGCUGCUGGUUCUGAAGCUGCUCAAACACAUCGGCCAGCCCGUGGCAGACCCCGACCUCGUCAGCAUCAAGAACUCUUAUGUACCGCUCAACAACCUCGAGAAGUACUCGGACCCGGAGGCGGUGCGGCGGUGCUGCAGCUACGUGUCGACCGGGCGGUCGCUGGCGAGGAACGCGGUGUUCAGCCUGUUCGACGAGCGCCACCGCGAAGAGAUGGUGGCGGUGUUCGAGGCGCUGUACGCGGCGCGCGACUUCGACGCGCUGCUGGGCACGGCGGUGUUCCUGCGCGACCGCCUCAACCCGCGCCUCUUCCUGUACGCGCUCAGCGUGGCGCUGCUCCACCGGCGAGACUGCCGCGGCCUCACGCUGCCCCCCGCCUACGAGAUCACGCCGCACAUGUUCCUCACCACCGACGUCGUGCGCCGGGCCUACCAGGCCAGGAUGCGGCUCAAACCAACUAUCAUCCCUAUGAAAUUUACUGGCUCGGUGAACAACCCGGAACAGAGGGUAGCGUACUUCGGUGAGGACUUGGGCAUGAACUCGCACCAUCAGCACUGGCACAUGGACUUCCCGUUCUGGUGGAAGCCGACCUACGACCAACCCAAGGACCGCAAGGGAGAACUCUUCUUCUACAUGCACCACCAAAUGACCGCCAGAUUCGACGCCGAGCGGCUGUCCAAUGACCUGCCGCCGGUGCGGCCGCUGGGCUGGUACGAGCAGAUCGAGGAGGGCUUCGCGCCGGGCGCCAUGUACGAGAACGGCCAGGAGUUCCCCAUGCGACCCGACCGCGUUAGCUUCCGCGACCUGCCCUGGCUGCGCAUCUCCAGCAUGCAGGCCUACGAGGACCGCAUCCGGGACGCCAUCGCUGCCGGAUUCGUCAGAACGCCGACGGGGGUGCAGUACCUGAACGAGACGGACGGCAUCAACGUGCUGGGUGAGAUCAUCGAGUCGUCCAGACACAGCGUGAACCCACUGUACUACGGCCAGCUGCACAACGAUGCCCACGUGCUGCUCUCCAAGAUCGUCGACCCUGACCAGCGCUACGGGAUGCCGCCCGGCGUGAUGGAGCACUUCGAAACAGCCACCAGGGACCCCGCCUUCUUCCGGCUACACAAGCACAUCGACAACCUGUUCUACGAGCACAAGAACCGCCUGCAGCCCUACAGGCGAGAAGAGCUGAACUUCCCAGGCGUGCAAGUGGAAGCGGUCAAGGUGGUGGGCACGUGCAAGGCCAGCGUCCCCAACCUGCUGGUCACCUACUUCGACGAGACUCACGUCGAUCUCGGCAACGCUGUGGAGUCCGACUACAAGACGGAAGUCAACAUCAAGGCUGUGGUGAACCGCCUGAACCACGAACCGUUCCGCUACGUCAUCACCGUGAGGUCAGACCGCGAGGUGAAUGGUCUGGUGCGCAUCUUCCUGGCGCCUAAGCUCAACUGGUUCGGCCAACAGGUGCCGCUCAAAGACCUCCGCUGGAGCACCAUCGAGCUCGACAAGUUCCCCGUCAAGUUGAGGGUGGGCGAGAACGUGGUGGUCCGCAGCUCUGAAGACUCCUCGGUGACCAUCCCAGAGCCGCGCAGCUUCCCAGAUCUCGUCAAGGACGUGGAAGCCGCCAUGCGGGGAGAGCAGGAGUUCGCCCUAGACAAGUACCACCGCCACUGUGGGUUCCCACACCGCCUGUUGCUGCCCAAGGGUAAGCAGGAGGGCAUGCCCUACCUGCUUUACGUCACCGUCACCGACUACCAGAAGGACGUGGUUGACGACAAGAUGACUCCUGAUGACAUCGAGAGCCUGACCUCCCUCAGCUACUGCGGAGUGCUGGAAGGCAAGAUACCCGACCGCAGGCCGCUCGGUUUCCCCUUCGACCGCAGAAUCGAGUCUGUCGAUGAAUUCAUGACACCCAACUCCAAAGUCAUCGAGAUCACCAUCAAGAACGCCAAGUAGCAAGUAAUGCCCACCUGAGAACCAGACAUGCCCACCGGACUCGAACAGAACAACACAGUUAACAGCGUCAGCAACUAGAGCCAUCGUGGUGCCUGCAGUCGACGACCAAAUGCACCGAAACACAUCAUAAAGUCGAUGAACUGUACAGCAUUUGGUGGGCAGACAAUAGCUGUCAACGGAGAAUCUCAUUUGUAUUUUACUAACGAUAUAGUUACACCCAGGCAAGAAUAAA